CGAAUCAACCCGGACAGGCCCUGCCGAGGGAUUUUCCGAAUCCGACCCUUGUGCAACCAAAUUAAUUGAUCUGCUUGCCUUUAGUAUAUUAGUAAGUAAGAAAACUUGGACAAUAUAUCAGAUUGAUUGUUUUCAAGGGACCGCCACAAGCGAGCCUUUGUUGCGGAAUAAAUAGGGAGGAUUAGCAACGGACUGUUCAAAUCGACGUGUACUAUUGGCUUGAAGAAGGCUGAGGCUUGUUCAUCGCCAGGAGCGACCGUGUCCUGGAGGGCAUGCGAUGCGGGAGUAUCUCCACAGGGGUCAGCAUCUGAAGGGGGGGAGCGACACCAAAACAGCAUGGCAGGCAGAGCAGCAUUGGACAGGAGACGGAGGCAACGCCGCGGCGCGAAGGCAGUCCUGCUGUGCUGCGCACUGAUUAUGCUGACAGCCGCCGCCGCCGACGCGGUGACGGCCACGGCGCGCGUGCGCGCGGCGAAGCCGCGGCCGGCCGCGGCGGCGGCGGGCCGGCAGAAGCCGGAGGAGCUGCGCGCGAAGCACGCCGCGGUAUGGCCGCCGCGGCUGACGUCAGCGGAGCGCGCUGACAUCAUGCUGCCCGAGGCGCUGAAGACGCGUGCUCUCCUGGAAGCUUCCCACGGCGCGCGCAGGCGGCUUCAG